GGACCUUGUGUUGUCAUCCUCCGAGCGACGGCCGGAGGCGGCGGCGGAGGCCCGGGCGGGGUGUUUGGUUUCGUUUCUGCACCGACUGGAAUUAGUGUCGACGGUCAAAAUGGGAGUCCCCAAGUUUUACCGAUGGAUCUCGGAGCGGUACCCCUGCCUCAGCGAAGUGGUGAAGGAGCAUCAGAUUCCAGAAUUUGAUAACUUGUACCUGGAUAUGAAUGGGAUUAUACAUCAGUGUUCCCAUCCUAAUGAUGAUGAUGUUCACUUCAGAAUUUCAGAUGACAAAAUCUUUACUGACAUUUUUCACUACUUGGAGGUGUUGUUUCGAAUUAUUAAACCUAGGAAAGUGUUCUUUAUGGCUGUUGACGGUGUGGCUCCUCGAGCAAAAAUGAACCAGCAACGCGGGAGGCGUUUUAGGUCAGCCAAGGAGGCAGAAGACAAAAUUAAAAAAGCAAUAGAAAAGGGAGAAACACUUCCUACAGAAGCCAGAUUCGAUUCCAACUGUAUUACGCCAGGGACUGAAUUCAUGGCCAGAUUGCAUGAACAUCUGAAGUAUUUUGUAAAUAUGAAAAUUUCCACAGACAAAUCAUGGCAAGGUGUUACCAUCUACUUCUCAGGCCAUGAGACUCCUGGAGAAGGAGAGCAUAAAAUCAUGGAAUUUAUCAGAUCCGAGAAAGCAAAGCCAGAUCAUGAUCCAAACACCAGACAUUGUCUUUAUGGCUUAGAUGCUGACUUGAUCAUGCUUGGAUUAACAAGUCACGAGGCACAUUUUUCUCUCUUAAGAGAAGAAGUUCGGUUUGGUGGAAAAAAAACACAAAGGGUAUGUGCACCAGAAGAAACGACAUUUCACCUCCUACACUUGUCUUUAAUGAGAGAGUAUAUUGAUUAUGAAUUUUCAGCAUUAAAGGAAAAGAUCACAUUUAAAUAUGAUAUUGAAAAAAUUAUAGAUGAUUGGAUUUUGAUGGGAUUUCUUGUUGGCAAUGAUUUUAUCCCUCAUCUACCUCAUUUACAUAUUAAUCAUGAUGCGCUGCCUCUUCUUUAUGGAACAUAUAUUGCUAUCCUGCCAGAACUUGGAGGUUAUAUUAAUGAAAGUGGACAUCUCAACUUACCUCGAUUUGAGAGAUACCUUGUGAAACUAUCAGAUUUUGAUCGAGAACACUUCAGUGAAGUUUUUGUGGACCUCAAGUGGUUUGAAAGCAAAGUUGGUAACAAGUAUCUCAAUGAGGCAGCAGGUGCAGCAGCAGAAGAGGCAAAGAACUGCAAGGAGAAGAGAAAACCGAAGGGUCAGGAAAAUUCUUUAAGUUGGGCUGCAUUAGACAAAAGUGAAGGUGAAGGAGUAGCUUCUAGAGAUAAUUUUGAGGAUGAGACUGAAGAUGAUGAUCUGUUUGAAACUGAAUUUAGACAAUAUAAGAGAACAUACUACAUGACGAAGAUGGGCGUCGAUGUAGUAUCUGAUGAGUUUCUGGCUAAUCAGGCUGCCUGUUAUGUUCAGGCUAUACAGUGGAUCUUACACUAUUACUAUCAUGGAGUCCAGUCCUGGAGCUGGUACUAUCCCUAUCAUUACGCACCCUUCCUAUCUGAUAUCCGCAGUAUCAGUACACUCAAAAUCCAUUUUGAACUCGGAAAACCCUUCAAGCCAUUCGAGCAGCUGCUUGCUGUACUUCCAUCGGCUAGUAAAAAUUUGCUUCCUACAUGCUACCAGCAUUUGAUGACCAGUGAAGACUCGCCAAUUAUAGAAUAUUAUCCACCUGAUUUCAAAACUGAUCUAAAUGGGAAACAACAGGAAUGGGAAGCUGUGGUAUUAAUACCGUUUAUUGAUGAGACGCGAUUAUUGGAAGCCAUGGAGACAUGUAACCACUCCCUCAAAAAAGAAGAGAGGAAAAGAAACCAGCACAGUGAGUGCCUGAUGUGCUGGUAUGACAGAGACACAGAGUUCACCUACUCCUCUCCAUGGCCAGAAAAGUUCCCUGCCAUAGAACGAUGUUGUACAAGGUAUAAAAUGAUAUCAUUAGAUGCUUGGCGCGUAGACAUAAACAAGAACAAAAUAACCAGGGUUGACCAGAAGGCAUUAUAUUUCUGUGGAUUCCCUACUUUGAAACACAUCAAACAUAAAUUUUUUUUGAAGAAAAGUGGUGUUCAAGUAUUCCAGCAGAGUAGUCGUGGUGAAAACUUGAUGUUGGAAAUUUCAGUAAAUGCAGAACCAGAUGAACUUAGGAUAGAGAACAUAGCUUCGGCGGUGCUGGGAAAGGCAGUCUUUGUUAACUGGCCUCAUCUUGAAGAAGCUAGAGUUGUGGCAGUAUCAGAUGGUGAAACUAAGUUUUACAUAGAAGAACCUCCAGGAACACAGAAGGUUUAUUUGGGAAAAACUGCCCCACCAUCUAAAGUCAUCCAACUUACAGAUAAAGAACAAUCGAACUGGACUAAAGAAAUACAAGGAAUUUCAGAACAAUAUCUAAGAAGAAAGGGAAUAAUAAUAAAUGAAACAUCUGCUGUUGUGUAUGCUCAGUUGCUCACGGGUCGUAAAUAUCAAAUCAGUCAGAAUGGUGAAGUUCGUCUAGAAAAACAGUGGUCAAAACAAAUUCUUCCUUUUGUUUAUCAAACUAUUGUUAAGGACAUCCGAGCUUUUGACUCUCGUUUCUCCAAUAUCAAGACAUUGGAUGACUUGUUUCCACCGAGAACUAUGGUCUUUAUGCUUGGAACUCCUUAUUAUGGCUGCACUGGAGAAGUUCAGGAUUCAGGAGACUUGAUUACAGAAGGGAGAAUUCGUGUGGUUUUCAGCAUUCCAUGUGAGCCAAAUCUUGAUGCUUUAAUACAGAAUCAGCAUAAAUACUCUAUAAAGUACAACCCAGGAUAUGUGUUGGCCGGUCGCCUUGGCGUGAGUGGAUACCUUGUUUCAAGGUUUACAGGAAGUAUUUUUAUUGGAAGAGGAUCUAGGAGAAACCCUCAUGGAGACCAUAAAGCAAAUGUGGGUUUAAAUCUCAAAUUCAACAAGAAAAAUGAGGAAGUCCCUGGCUAUACAAAGAAAGUGGGGAACGAGUGGAUGUACUCGUCGGCAGCAGAGCAGCUCCUCGCAGAGUACAUAGAGAGAGCACCAGAACUGUUCAGUUAUAUAGCAAAAAACAGCCAAGAAGAUGUAUUCUAUGAAGAUGACAUCUGGCCUGGAGAAAAUGAGAACGGGGCUGAGAAAGUUCAAGAAAUUAUUACUUGGCUAAAAGGACAUCCUGUCAGUACUCUGUCUCGGUCUUCUUGUGACUUGCACAUUCUGGAUGCAGCCAUUGUUGAAAAAAUCGAGGAAGAAGUUGAGAAGUGCAAGCAAAGAAAGAGCAACAAGAAAGUCCGAGUAACAGUGAAGCCCCAUUUGCUGUACAGACCCUUAGAGCAGCAGCAUGGAGUCAUUCCUGAUCGGGAUGCCGAGUUCCGGCUCUUUGAUCGCGUUGUGAACGUGAGAGAGAGCUUCUCCGUGCCAGUCGGCCUUCGAGGCACCGUCAUUGGAAUUAAAGGGGCUAGCAGAGAAGCUGAUGUACUAUUUGAAGUAUUAUUUGAUGAGGAAUUUCCCGGAGGCUUAACAAUAAGGUGCUCACCUGGUAGGGGAUACCGACUGCCAACAAGUGCCUUGGUGAACCUUUCUCAUGGGAGUCGGUGUGAAACUGGAAACCAGAAGUUGACAGCCAUUGUGAAACCACAACCUUCUGUGAGUCACUGUAGUGCAGCUCCCUCCGGGCACUUGGGAGGCCUCAACCACUCUCCUCAGUCACCUUUUCUUCCUACUCAGGUACCUACAAAAGGUGAUGAUGAAUUUUGCAACAUUUGGCAAUCUCUACAGGGAGCUGGAAAAAUUCAACACUUGCAGCCGACAGUACAAGAGAAGGGUGCAGUUCUACCUCAAGAAAUAAGUCAAGUAACUGAAGGUCAUAAAUCUGGCUUUACUGACCACAGUGUCAGACAUCAGCAGAGAAAACAUGACUCGCAACGAAAAUUUAAGGAAGAAUAUAAAAGUCCUAAAGCUGAGUGUCAGAGUCAAAAGUUGUCCAGUAAACAGACUUCUGGAGGGUCUGCCAGAUGUAGUAUUAAACUAUUGAAGAGAAAUGAAAGUCCAGGAACUUCAGAAGCCCAGAAGGUUGUAACUAGUUACCCAAAUGCAGUGCAUAAGCCUCCCUCUGGGAUUGAGAACUUUUUAGCAUCUUUGAAUCUCUCUAAGGAGAAUGAAGCACAGCUACCUCAUCAUGGAGAGCCUCCAGAUGAGGCGGAUUUGUCCCCGCAGUCCUUUGCUAUGAAAGGAACACGGAUGCUUAAAGAAAUUCUGAAAAUUGAUAGCCCUGACACAAGAGACAGCAAGAAUGAUAUGAAGAAAUCUGAUAAUGAAGCCACUGUUUCUUCUAGAAGAGAUGAGCGUGGAGUGUCAGCACAUCCUAAGCCAAGUAAGAAGCUGACAUGCCAUAUGAACAAGCCUCAUGGGACUAACGAGUUCCAAAAUGUGGCAUCGGUGGACAGUGUGUGUUGGCCAGGCCAGAUGCCUCCUGUGUCCACACCAGUAACUGAACUUUCUCGAAUUUGUUCCCUUGUUGGAAUGCCACAACCUGAUUUCUCCUUUCUGCGAACAACACAGACAAUGACAGUUUGUCAGGUAAAAUUGUCUAAUGGCUUACUGGUACAUGGGCCACAGUGCCACUCUGAAAGUGAAGCCAAGGAGAGAGCUGCUCUUUUUGCUUUACAGCAACUGGGCUCCUUGGGUGUGAGUUUUCCUUUGCCUCCACCCAUAUUUACAAAUUAUCCUCCUGCGGUACCACCUGGAGCCGUCCCUCCUGUUUUUACCCAACCUACUGCUAAUAUAAUGCCUUCAUCGUCUCAUCUCUUUGGCUCAGUGUCAUGGAGACCACCAGUGCCAGUUGCUGGGAAUGCCUUCCACUAUCCUUCAUAUCCUGGAACCAUGCCCUUGGCUGGAGGAGUGCCAGGCGGAGUGCACAGUCAGUUCAUACCUCUGCAGGUUACCAAAAAAAGAGUUGCAAACAGAAAGAAUUUUGAGAAUAAGGAGGCCCAGAGUUCUCAGGCCACACCACUUCAGACUAACAAGCCAGGGUCUUCUGAAGCCACCAAAAUGACUCCACAAGAAAGUCCACCAGCCUCUUCAUCAUCCUCUCAGGCUGCCCAGCCCGUGUCUUCUCAUGUUGAAACUGCCUCCCAAGGCCAUGUUGGGUCCCAACCAAGGUCAGCGCCAAGCUCCUCAAAAAGGAAGUCGAGAAAACUGGCCGUCAACUUCAGCGUUUCUAAACCUUCGGAAUAAAUUUGGUACCUGGGAAUUCAUUUCUUUUAUCUCCAUCUACUUUUUUAUAAACUGAUAUCUAUGUGUCAGAAAUGUACAAUUUUAGGGUAUGUUUAGAUUAAAUAUUUUUUAUUUUUAAGUUACCAGGCACUUUUCAUGCUAUUUAAGACUAUAUAUCAAAUUGUGCACUUUAAAUAUGUGCAAUUUGUUGUACAUCAGUGAUACCUCAAUAAAUCUGUAAAAAAAGAAAAAUUAAACCUUGUAUUAAAAUAAAUAGCAAACUGAGCAUGGUAAUAACCUAUGAGCAUCAUGCUUUAGAAUCUGAGACAGAAGGGUUGCCAUAUAUUCACUGUGUGGGACUACAUAGUGAGUUCCUGGCCAGACCUUGCUUCAAAAACCAAAAACUACAGUAAAUAUGAGUGGUCUGAAUGUUAAAAUGUACCACUCUAACCAUUGGCUUCCUCAUUAGAAGGAUCCUUGAACUAUAAAUUAGUCAUUAUCUUAUCAUCAUAACAAGCUUUUUUACACUAUUAUUGAGGGAUAACUAAAUGCGGCAUGAAUUAGGCCUUGUAAUUUCCUAAGUGUGGGUUUUAUUUGUUUGUAAUGAUGGAACAACAUGACUGGAGAGUGGCCUGCACUCUGUUCACAGCCGUCUGUGGCCAAAAUCAGUCCCUCGGAUGCUCUGGAGCGAGCACGCACACCGCACACCGGCGGUGGCCAUGGAGCUAUUGAGCGCUGAUGCGGCCAGUGCUGCUUUGUUCUAAAUCUUGUACCAAAGCAACUUUAGAAGAUUCUCCAGAGCAUUCGUCUGACUGCUUCAAACUAGGAAUAGCAAUCUAGAUUUGAAAAAUAACGAAUUUUUUUAGAUUAUUCAAAAACCAGCAUUCAGAAUUCCUAAUAGAAUUAAGUUUCAAAAUCUCCAGGGUACAGCGAUUACAAAUCAGACUGCAAUAGAGUACAGUACAGAACGUUAAUCACUAUGCUUUUUUAGGCUUCUUGGGUUAUAUUUGCUUUGUUGAUAUUUUUUUUUCUUUUGAGACGGGGUCUUGCUGUGUAGUCCUGGCUGGCCGGGUACUCAUGGUAAUCCUCCAUGUUCUGAGAUUCCAGCAUGCGUCACCACACUUCCUUAUGUGGCUUUUUCUCUGCUUACUUCACAUAUGUGAAAACUCGUUGUGGGUCUGUGUGUAGAGCUUCCUGGGACUGGUAAAAAUGUAAACUUUUUAACAAUUCCAACAUGUCUUUUUGUGUGGACAUUUUUUACUGCCUGUCCCAUUCUGGUUGUGCAUUUUAGCACCUGCUGAACUGCUCAGUGCUGUUGCAUUUUGUCUCUGCGUGUCACUCCUGGAUGUGUGUUGCUCACACUGUUGAAAUGAUUUGGAAUUUAUGAAAUUUUCUCAAGGACAUGAUGGCGUGCAUUUAUAUAUAAACAUAUUGAUCUUUUAGUUUUGUGAUAUGCUUAUAUUUUUAAAGAGUAAAAAUGAUCGUACUUUUUCAAAAGUAGGAACCAGUCUUUAUAUGGAGCUGCUCAUUGUGUGUAUUUAAUUUACGUCAUGGAGACUCUGCCAUAAGUCUUAAAAUAGUCUUACUGUUUCUUACAAAUGCUGGUGUUGAAUUCCUUUCUGUGCUAAUUUCAGUGUUUCUCUAGGUGAUGGCAGGAUAUAUGGAUACUAGUAGUGCCUUUAGUUAAGAGGUAAAUGAUAGCUAUCUUUAUUUUCUAUGGUCAUGUGAAUUUCUGUAACUUUGUCUUCUGUUAGUAGAAACUUCUUGCUGGGGCACUGUGGGAAGGUUCAGGCCAUUCGCAGUGUUUGCCUUUGUUGCUCCCAAACUCUGUUUUCAAGGGACGCAUCCAUUGCAGACGCGAGGGAAGUUAGGCUGUGGCGAUGCUAUGGUAACUCCUUCCGAGAGCGUUGAAAUGUGUAGUAUUUGUUACCUCACUUACGUUUGCUGUACCCUCGCUCGCUCCUGUGGGAUAAAUUCACCGUGCUGCACAACCAUGUCCCCUGUCGAAACAGAGGAAGGAGUUGUUCUGACAAUUCCAUGAGAAAUUUGAGUAAACACAGUGCCAUUGAACCAGUGAGGAUUCUCCAAAAACUGUGCACAACAAGCUAGUAAUUCUGCAUGGAAAGCAGAGUAAGAAGAGCCUUUGCCUUCCUUUUAAAAAUAGAGAGCAAAUGCUAAGAGUCAAGCUUGCAAAGAAAAGGAGAGGAUUCCGUCCUGGCAGCUAGGGAGCAGCAGCAGAGCUCUGAGGACACUGGAUCUCCUGACACGUGUCUGCGGGGGAGGAGCACAUCUCUGAAACAUACAUGGGCUGUGGCAACCAUAUAGCCAGUUGGGAUGAGUCAGUCUGAAACCACCCUCGAGCUUUUAAAAUAUGUUCAUUUGGCUAUUCAAUCUAAGAACCUUUGGAAAUGGUGGGCUGUGGUCCCAGAAGGAACACUUCCCCCAGAUUGUCUGUUUCCGUGUAACUAGAAAAGUUAUUUAUUUGAUUAAGCCUUCCUCUCCUCACUGGAAAUGAUUGUUAAUAUCUUUGUUCAACAAGUCUUUCUUUGUUAAGCAAAUUAAGUUCAUUAGAAGAUGGGUCCUUUCAGCUGUGUCUCCCUUUCUCAAUUUUGUACAUUUCCUGGCCAAUGGAUUCAUUGACCUAAGAACUUCAUAGACUAAAGGCUUAAAUAUCUAAACCUCAGUUGUGUCAAAACUUUAUUCCCUCUAAACCUCAGUUUAAAUUACAGAUUUUCCUUCUCUGGGCUCAGUAGUGCACGUCUCCAGUUCCAGUGCUCUGGAAGCUGUCUAUAGCAGGAGGUUCCGUGAAUUCAAGGCAGCCAGGCAGUAAUGAAGUCUGAAGGUACUUCCCGCCUUCUGUGAUGAGCAGAAGGAAGGUGUUGCUGCCUCUCAACGUGUACUCCAUUCCCACACCGAGAGUCCCGUGCUCACUUUGUGACUAGAGAGUUCUGGAGUCUUGGCUCUAGGGGAGGAGGCGAAGAGACAGGUGAGAUGCAGUGCUGUUUGCAGAGUGUAAGGUACUGACUUAGCUUAAGGAAAUGAACUAGAGAGUCAUCUUAUUUGCUCUCUUUUUACGUAACUAUUCUUUUUGAAUCAACAAAUACUUUUCAUAGUGGUUAUCUAGUUCCCACCUUAUAUAGCAGAACUCCACAGAAGGUAGCGCUCACACAGAUCUUCUCGGAUAAAUGUUCUUUGUGCUAUCUUGCUUCCAGAUUUUUCUUUUAUUAUAGAAGAGAAUCUGUUAGAAAUUACUGAUAGCUGGGCAUGGUGGAGCACACCUUUGAUCCCAGCACUCGGGAGGCAGAGGCAGGUGGAUUUCUGAGUUCAAGGCCAGCCUGGUCUACAAAGUGAGUUCAAGGACAGCCAGAGCUACACAGAGAAACCCUGUCUCAAAAAAAAAAAAAAAUUACUAUGAAAGGCAUCCGGUAUCUUUUUUUUUUUUUAAAUCGAUCACUAAAAAAAAAAAAAAAAGAAAAGAAUCAUUAUUUUUUAGAAAUAGUGACAGGUCUCAAAGUGCAGCUGUUUGUGUGCAUUUUAUGUUGUGGCAGUGUUGUUGUUUUCAACAAAGUGCAGACACCCCCUUUGCUAGAAGAAAACAAAGCUUAAGUUUUUAGUGUUUUUCAGACUGACUUAAUUUAUAUUCCUGUUAGACAUCCUCGCUUUGUGCCAGGGCACAGUAAGAAACAGCUGGAGAGGGGCAGCAGCUCUCCAGCAAUGGGGAAAAGCAGACAGGCAGACCCAUGUUUACCAUCACACAUCAUGUGCGUUAGCUCAUACAGCACAUGUCCUUCUUUCUGAGAGAGGAUAGAAGAAAAUAGUUGAAGAAUGUUGAGAAUCUGUGUGUCUGCCUUCGGGUGGAAACUCCCUGCUCUGCAGAGACUGAGCUCAAGUACAGCUGGUGAAGGAGACUGCUUUCCAGGUUUCAUUUUGGCACAGUGAAACCUGUAGAUGUGAAUUCCCACCACCACCACCACCACCCCUCACCCCCAGUUGGCUCAUUACUGCCAAUGUUGCAAAAGGUAAUGGUCUGUGUAACUGCAUUAGAAGCCAAGUACUUGUUCUGUUUCUCUCGAAAUCAUGGGGGUGAAAAUUUUCUCUGAAGCCUGCUGUAAGUCCUUAUAACUCUUGUUCACUCGGGCUUUCUCUUUCUUCCCCCUUCUCCAAUUCCUCUUGCUAUCUAGCCCUUCAGUCCUCCUGCCUCCACCUCCUGGGUUUUGAGGUUACAGAGUUUGGCCCCAGGCCCAGUGUCCUUUAAGCUCAUUAAUCCUGCCUUUCCUUUACAGUUAUGGGUGUGUCUAUCUAUGUGUGUGUGUGUGUGUGUGUGUUGGACUUUUGCUUUGUUUUUCAAAGCAGGGUUUCUCUGUAUAGCCCUGGCUGUCCUGGAACUCACUCUGUAGACCAGGCUGGCCUCGAACUCUCAGAGAUCCUCCUGCUUCUGCCUCCCAAGUGUUAGAAUUAAAGGUGUGUGCCACCACUGCCCAGCUGGAUUUUAUAUUUUAGCUUUUUUUCUUGGUCUCAAGAAUCUUACAUUUUCUUUUGCUGCACAAAUUACUUUGAGUGUUUUCACUUGACUCUGAGUAAUGGGUGGUAUGCUGUAUAUCAAAGUGUUUUAACAUUUGCUUCAUUUUAAUAGUGUGAUUUCAUAUAUAUCUAUCUUCCUUGAUUCUUUUGUCAUGUAACUAUUUUGUAACUAACUGGAAUUUCUGAUUAGAUCUUAGACAGAGCAGUAUUUUAUUAAAAAUUCCAAAGGGAAGACUUCUUUGUGCUCAUUUUGUAAUUUUUAUUUUAAAUAUCUUUACAUUGUAUGUCUAUUGCAUUUAAAGCUUUUAAACUUACAUGGAAUGGACUCCAAGUGUAUUUUUAUGUUGUACAUUUGUAAAUUCAUAGCACGAAAUUAGCCUCAAAAUGUUAUGCAAAGGGAUCUUGACAUGCAAAAGUCACUGAAGGUCUGGACACUUGUAUGUGUCAAAUGCGCUAUGAUUUUGAUUAAAGAUGGAAUGACGACGACGGUACGACAC